GCAGGGGAAGGCAGCGGCGGCCGGCGGAUCCAGCUCACUCGCAGUGAUGAUACAAGGUUGAAAUCUUCUUCCUCCUCUUCUCCCACCUCUCUCUUCUUUCUUCUCCUUUCACUUUCUCCUCCUCCACCUCCGCUUGUUCCGAUGGCAUCGAACUAUGCAGCCAGUAGAGGUGGCCGAAGCCCCCCCAGCCCCCCAGCCAGUAGGGGAGAGGAGGAGUGGGGGAUGGUGAAGGGAGGGCAAGGAAGCGACGCCAUGGCGGCGGCUGGCGAGGUGGAGGAGAACAUGGCGGCGUGGCUCGUCGCCAAGAACACCCUCAAGAUCAUGCCCUUCAAGCUUCCGCCCCUUGGCCCGCAUGAUGUCCGGGUGCGGAUGAAGGCCGUGGGGAUCUGCGGCAGCGACGUGCACUACCUCAGGGAGAUGCGCAUCGCGCACUUCGUGGUGAAGGAGCCGAUGGUGAUCGGCCACGAGUGCGCGGGCGUGAUCGAGGAGGUUGGCUCCGGCGUGACGCACCUCGCCGCCGGCGACCGCGUGGCGCUGGAGCCCGGCAUCAGCUGCUGGCGCUGCCGCCACUGCAAGGGCGGGCGCUACAACCUCUGCGACGACAUGAAGUUCUUCGCCACCCCGCCCGUGCACGGCUCGCUGGCCAACCAGAUCGUGCACCCCGCGGACCUGUGCUUCAAGCUCCCCGACGGCGUCAGCCUGGAGGAGGGCGCCAUGUGCGAGCCCCUCAGCGUGGGCGUCCACGCGUGCCGCCGCGCCGGGGUCGGGCCCGAGACGGCGGUCCUCAUCAUGGGCGCCGGCCCCAUCGGCCUCGUCUCGCUGCUCGCCGCGCGUGCCUUCGGCGCGCCGCGCGUGGCGAUCGUCGACGUGGACGAGCACCGCCUCGCCGUGGCCAAGUCCCUGGGCGCGGACGCGGCGGUGCGGGUGUCGGCGAGGCCCGAGGACACCGCCGAGGAGGUGGCGCGGAUCCAGGCGGCGCUGGGCGGCGCGGAGAUCGACGUGAGCCUGGACUGCGCCGGGUUCAGCAAGACGCUGGCGACGGCGCUGGAGGCGACGCGGCCCGGGGGGCGGGUGUGCCUGGUGGGGAUGGGGCACAACGAGAUGACGGUGCCGCUGACGUCGGCGGCGAUCCGGGAGGUGGACGUGGUGGGCAUCUUCCGGUACAAGGACACGUGGCCGCUGUGCAUCGAGUUCCUGCGCUCCGGCAAGGUGGACGUGAAGCCGCUCAUCACCCACCGCUUCGGCUUCUCGCAGCGGGAGGUGGAGGAGGCCUUCGAGGUCAGCGCGCGCGGCCGCGACGCCAUCAAGGUCAUGUUCAACCUCUAGGCCGGACGACUGGGUGGGUAGGCGGCCGCCGGUCGCGCUCCGGGGAUCGAUCGAUGAAUAAAAUAAGGUAGGGGAAGUGGCCGGCGCCGUCCGUCGGUCGGCGAUCCUCCGGCGAAGGGCGCAGAAAACCUUGAUCGGCGGCGAGAUGCCAUGGCGUUGUUUUGGAUUGGAAUAACCGUGGCUUUAAUUUGUUGCUUCUUUCGCUGCUGGCUUGUUU